CAGUGUAGACUGUACCGAGGCAAAGUAAGUAGCCGUACACGUCAUCCGCGCUCCCGUGGGAGGAGGGUUAGGAACCUGGAGCUCAACUAAUAACAGAUUAUCCUCCAUCCGUCGAUGCAGCGUGUGUGUUUGGUCCAUGAUCGUGUGUGUGAAGAAGAAGAAGAAGAAGAAGAAGAAGAAGGAACGCUCCGCAGCAGCAGCGAGCCGCCGCCACAUCCUCCCCGCCUGAAGAAGAGCCGCGCCGGGCGAUGGAGCACCUCUGCGGCCCCAACAAUCCCUUCUGGGAACUGAACCUGACGCUGUACGGGCAGCAGCCGGAUCUGCCAGAAUGUUUCCAGAUGUCAGUUUUACCGUGGGCUCCGUGUGUUUACCUGUGGGCUGCAGCGCCGCUCUACAUCCUACACCUGAGGAGGAACAACCGCGGAUACAUCAUGAUGUCCAUCCUCAACAGAAUCAAGACGGUUCUGGGCCUGAUUCUGUGGAUCGUCUGCUGGACGGAUCUGUUUUCAGCGUUUCACCAGAUGAAUCAGGGUGUUAAUAAUCCUCCCAUAUAUUUCGUCACUCCUUUAAUAGUUGGCAUGACCAUGCUUUUAGCCACUUUCCUGAUCCAGUUUGAGCGUCUGAAAGGAGUGCAGUCGUCUGGUGUGCUCUUCAUUUUCUGGACACUUUCUGUUGUUUUCGCCAUCGUGCCGUUCCGCUCCAAAAUCAUGCAUGCAAACAGACAGAAGGAGGUCAAAGACAAGCUGAGGUUCACCACGUUCUACAUUUACUUCAGUUUUACCCUGCUUGAACUCAUCCUGUCCUGCUUCAAUGAAAAGCCUCCUCUAUUCUCCAGCGCCGUCACGGACCCUAACGCGUGUCCAGAAACCAGCGCUGGAUUCCUCUCCAGAAUGACCUUCUGGUGGUUCACCAGAAUGGCCAUCAAAGGCUUCAAAUCCCCGCUGGAGAAUAAAGACCUGUGGUCCCUGAACAAGAAUGACAGUUCAGAGUUGGUGGUUCCUGGUCUGCUCAAUCAGUGGGAGGUGGAGAAAUCCAAAGCUCACAGCAGCGAUGAUCAGAAUGUCAAGGAGCAGGUCACGUUUACCAAACCCGGCUCAGGAGCUGAAAGCAACCAUGUGAAUGAGAGUCCGGAGGAGGCUGAGGUUCUGCUGUCCAAACAGCAACAACAGUCCCGACAGCCUUCGUUCCUGUGGGCCCUGCUGAGAGCCUUCGGGCCCUACUUCCUCAUCGGCUCCGCUUUCAAACUCCUGCAGGAUCUCAUUACCUUCAUCAACCCUCAGCUGCUCAGGAUGUUGAUAGCGUUCACCAAGCAGUCAGGUGUCCCAUCGUGGUGGGGUUACGCUCUGGCGUUUCUGAUGUUCGGCACGUCUCUCCUGCAGACGCUCAUUCUGCAUCAACACUUUCAGUACUGCUUCGUCACGGGCAUGAGGCUGCGCACAGGCAUCAUCGGAGCCAUUUACAGGAAGGCUCUGGUGAUCACGAACGAGGCCAAGCGCUCCUCUACCGUGGGCGAGGUGGUCAAUCUGAUGUCCGUAGAUGCGCAGCGCUUCAUGGAUCUCACCACCUUCCUCAACAUGCUGUGGUCGGCGCCGCUGCAGAUCUUCCUGGCGCUCUUCUUCCUCUGGCAGAAUCUGGGUCCGUCAGUUCUGGCUGGUGUGGCUGUCAUGGUCUUGCUGAUCCCCUUCAAUGCUUUCAUUGCCAUGAAGACCAGAACAUACCAGGUGGAGCAGAUGAAGUAUAAAGACGACCGCAUUAAACUGAUGAACGAGAUCCUGAAUGGCAUUAAGGUGUUGAAGCUGUACGCCUGGGAGCCGUCCUUCAGGGACAAGAUCCUGCAGAUCCGGCAGAAGGAGCUGCACGUGCUGAGGACGGCGUAUCUCAGUGCUCUGUCCACCAUGGCCUGGACCAGCGCUCCAUUCCUGGUGGCGUUGACCUCAUUCGCAGUGUUCGUGAAUGUGGAUGAGAAAAACGUGCUGGAUGCAGAAAAGGCCUUUGUGUCGCUGUCUCUGUUCAACAUCCUGAGGUUUCCAUUGAACAUGCUUCCUCAGGUCAUCAGCAGCAUCGUACAGGAACUGAACCUGACGCUGUACGGGCAGCAGCCGGAUCUGCCAGAAUGUUUCCAGAUGUCAGUUUUACCGUGGGGCUCCGUGUGUUUACCUGUGGGCUGCAGCGCCGCUCUACAUCCUACACCUGAGGAGGAAACAACCGCGGAUACAUCAUGA